AUGGAACACACACACUCUCUAACCCUGUCCCUCCGUCUGCUCAGCUGUCUCCAUGACCACAAAGACGACCUCCGGAAGCGUCUGUCCUUCACCGCACACAAGCUAGAGAUGGUGGAGAGCGAGUUCGACUCCACCCGCCAGUACCUGGAGACGGAGCUGCGGCGGGCGCAGGAGGAGCUGGAGAAGUUCAGCGAGAAGCUGCGCAGGAUCCAGAGCAGCUACGCAGCUCUUCAGAGGAUCAACCAGGAUCUGGAGGACAAGAUGCAGCGCACGGCUCAGCACCACGAGGAAGAGAAGAGAGCCCUCAGUCGAGAAAUCAUUGUCCUCAACAACCAUCUGAUGGAGGCAAAGCUCACCAUCAACAAACUGAGAGACGACAAUGACGUGUACAGGAAGGACUGUAACCUGGCCGCCCAGCUGCUGCAGUGCUCCAAGUCUCACUACAGGGUGCACAAGAUGUCUGAGCUGCCGCUGGACUUUCAGGAGCGCCUCAGCUCCCACAUGGAGAAGCACAGCGGUCGAGGAGCCGCCGCCGCUCUCUGCCACUCCGGCGGCUCUGACGCCGUGCCCACCGCCAUCAUCGCCCAGGUUCUGGAGAAGCCGGAGCCGGGAAGCAGCUGUCCGGUCACCCGCUCCCCAAGCCCACAGCCGCAGGACGGAGACUUCCCCGCAGGCGUGGGGGGCGCCGACCGGCUGAGCCGUCGCACGGCGUACAAGACGUCCGACCUGUACUGCAGCGACACGGCCCUGUACUGCCCCGAGCGCUGGCAGGACGGCGAGCGGCGGCAGAGCGUGGACCUCCACGGCCCGGCGCUGCUGCAGCUCCACGCCCACAACUCCACCGACAGCAAUCCAGAGGAGGACGCCUUCCCCUCCGGAAGCUUCUCCCACCACGAGCCCCCGACGUCCUUCAGCCUCCGGGACCAGUUCGGCGCCACAAGCCCGCCCGCCUCCAGCAGCUACUCCAGCUUCAGCCUGGCUUCGGACGAAAAGACGGUGCUGGGCGGCGGCGGUGUGCGCACUGCGAGCAGCACUCUGUCGUCUUCCCACCAAGGCCUCUACAUGGACUGGCGGGACGGCGGCAGUUUGGACUAUGAGCUCAAAAGCAUGUCUUCCUAUGAUAAAGACGGCUCGUGCUUCCCCAAGUCCCGCAGCAUCCAGCAUAUGGUGGCGCCCAAGAGCCCGGCGAAAGGCGGCGUGCCCUCGUACACAAGGACGGCGUCGUGCUUCAGCGACCCGUUCCACUCCAGCGCCCCCCGCCUGGCCUCGUCUCGCAGCAUGGGCUCCACCACCGGGCUGAGCCGGACGCACGGAGGAGGGCCGGACCGGUGCGGCGGCGUCCGCGAGCCUGAAGACGACCUGAGCGGCCGCUGGAGACAGCUCAGCGUGGAGGACAUCACCACCUUCUCCUCGGCCUAUCGUGGCCUUGCGGGGCGGGUCUCUCCAUACAGUUUCUCCGAGCACCACUUCGCCACGGGACCUCCUGAUAAAGUCAAGGGUGCCAUCUACAGCAGCUUCCAGGAAGCAGACGUGCUCCGCGGCCGACCCGUGGACCGCUGCUUCAGCCUGGGCUCACCCAGGGCUCAGGGCAAAGCGUCAGCGCUGUAUGGAGCCAGCCGUGACAGUCAGGACUCGGAGUCCAGUCUGUUCCUCAAAGAUCCGGAGGGUGGCGGGGGGGCGGCGGCGGCCGGCGGCAGGACCAAGGACUACGUCAGCCUGAGCCCGGACAGCUCGGCCGAGUCCUCACACCACGGCUCGCCCGAGGCAUCCAGUCUGCAGCACUACCCGGCCCCCAGGCCCAGCGUCCGGCCCCGGCCCAGCUCCAGCUCCGCUCUCAGCGCCGGACCCUCGCUCCCAAAGAAGACCUCCCCCAGAUACCAGAAAUUUGGCAGCACAGGACUGACGAGGAAGGACAGUCUGACCAAGGCGCAGCUGUACGGCACCCUGCUGAACUGA